AUGGCGUGAACAGGAAUGAGCCUUACCAGGAAGUGUAUCGAAUCUCGACUGCGCAUGUUCGCAAGCAUUUCAGAAUGUAAGGAUGUGUUCGACGUCGUUGUAAAAGCACAGUGGACAGAAGAGAAGGCCAUGGCGAACACAGAGAUCACCGUGUCCAUGGGGGACAUGGUGGUGGUGAAGACUACGGAGGAGGAUGAUGAGGAACCAGACAAUGGAAGCAAGACGCAGGUCAUCCUCCAGCUCCAGCCCAUCACACAUGGGUUAGAGGAAGAUGCUGGAGAGGAAGAAACAGCUAUGGUGGCAGUUGAGGCACAGGAAGAAGCCACAAUAGAUGGAGAGGAAGUGGAAUUAGGCUACCCCAUUACAUGUGGAGAGAGUAAAGCUGUGCUCCUCUUUAAGAAGUUCGUGUGCCCUGGAAUCAAUGUGAAAUGUGUGAAGUAUGACGACCAGCUGAUUAGUCCCAAGCAGUUUGUGCACAUGUCAGGGAAAGCCACGCUCAAGGACUGGAAGAGAGCCAUCAGGAUGGGCGGGGUCAUGCUCAGGAAGAUGAUGGACUCGGGCCAGCUGGACUUCUACCAGCACAGCACGCUGUGCACAAACACCUGCCGCAGCACCAAGUUCGACCUGCUCAUCAGCAACACCCGCUUCCCCCCUGACAGCACGCUGCUGUCUACGCCCACCUCGGCCUCAGUCCCCAUGGGUAACGGAGAGCAGGGAGGUGGCAUGACGGAGGAGGCGACGGCUGCAGCCGCGGUGGAGUGGAGUACCACCAGUAUGGAGGUGAUCGAGAAGAAGGAAGGCCAGGAGAUCUCGGAGGACACUCUGAACUUCUGGAAGGGCAUAGCCGACGUGGGGCUGAUGGGGGAGGUGGUGACCAACAUCCGCACGGAGCUGCUGGAGAUGCUGAAAGGGGUGCAGCUGCGCUCCGACCAAACCAGCCUGCAGGACUCGGAGGUGGCCGUGUUGAGUAAUCUGGUUCAGGUGUUCGGCCUGCUCGACUCCAUCAAGAAGAUCCUGAACGAGAAGCGACAGCAGACCGACCCCAGCCAAGAACAGGACCUCCACACUCUGACUAGUCUGGAGCAACAGCUGGAAGAACAGAAGAAGCAGCAAGCACAGAGUUGGCUGGCGCUCAACAGCAUGGUGGCGCCCCCUCCUCCUCCUCCCACCAAACGUGCCCCCAAGAGACCCCGUCUGCAGCGGCCGGCCUCCACCACCACGCUCCUGGGCUCGUCGACGACGGCGACGUCCCAGGCGAUGACCCUACAGCCGCAGCAGUUCACCGUCCUCUCGCCGAUCACGCUCACGUCUAUGGGCCAGCCGUUCACCUUGGGCAACCUGCCCAUCGCCACGCUGGCCCAGCCCACCAACACCGUCACCCUCCACACGCUGCCCGGCGGCUCGCAGAUCUUCACCCGAUACACCACCGCCGGUGCCGGGGGCAUGAGUGUCGUUUCCGCGGACGGCAAGGGCGACACCUACACCCUCCACCCGUCGUCGGGGCUCACGCUAGUGGGCACGGCCACAAUGCAGGACCCUAGCCAGCUGGGGGCGAUGAUGAGCCCCGUGGAGCUGGUGCAGCUAACGCAGGGCGCCAUUGGGGCGGAGGGGAUGAUGGUGUCGGCCUCGGGAGCGGAGGUGAUGGAAGGGACGAUGCUGGUCCAGCAGGAGCUGGGCAGAGUAGUAGAGGAGGAGAACCAACACACCACGGUCAUCGAGAUCGACCCGGCCCCCGGGCAGCAGCACACGGUCGGGGUGAUGGAGCUGCAGCUGGCUGGGGCUUCCGCCGAGGCUGUGGACGAAGACGAAGUGACCACCGUGGUGGUGCAGGGAUCGAUGAUGACCACCGCGGACGGAGGCGAGGAGGAGGAGGCGGAGGAAGGUACACCCAUGGAGGAGCAGGCAGGGGAGGAGAUGCAGAGAGGCCAGGGGGAGGCGCAGGAAGAGGAGGAGACGGAGCAGGGUGAGGGGGAGGAGGUGACGGCAGGAGACCUGCAGCUGGAGGCUCACGGACAGCUGGAGACGCUGCAGAUUAUGGUGGUGGAGGACGGGACGCCAGCUGCCAACACAGAGGACAAGUGAGGAGGUGUGGGAGGAUUGUCUGCACUGCCAACAGCACAGGCAAGGAGGAGAACAAACUGGCACGUGUGUGUGAGUGUGUGUAUGCGCGCGCGCGCGCGCGCGCGCGCGUGUGUGUGUGUGAGAGAAACGUGUCUGAGAGAUUCACGUUCAGAGCUGCCAAGGACAAAACCUUCACACUAAUGCACUGUCACAUGGACCUCCGUAACUCUUGCUGUGUUGUAGUUGACAAAAUUCUAAUUUAAAUAAAACAUCUGCUCGACAGGGUU